AUGCUCAAGGCGAUAGCUGCAGCGGUGAUAUUCUCAUCGUUGUCGACUGUGUCUGCCGCAUCCACAUGCAAACUCGCAUCCAGGGCAGAUCCCCUGCAGUAUGUCGGAGUUGACUGGUCUUCAGUCAUAGUGGAGGAACGUGGCGGCGUCGUCUAUAAGAACGCACAAGGCAUUGAGAUGCCUCUGGAGGAUAUUCUGGUGGAAGCCGGCGUGAAUAUGGUGCGCCAACGUGUGUGGACGGUUGACGGCGACUACGGAGUGCAGUACAACCUCGACCUGGCGCGACGGGCGAACAAGGCAGGCUUGAUGUUUGGCCUCAGCCUUCACUUCAGCGACACAUGGACCAAUCCAAACCAACAAACCAUCCCGACUGGUUGGCCACAAGAGAUUGAACCGCUCAUCAAUACAUUAUACAACUACACAAGCAACGUAUGCGAAACCUUUGCGGCAGAGGGCCUCUAUCCAGAAACAAUCACCAUCGGCAAUGAGAUCCCAUCGGGAUUGCUGUGGCCGACCGGUUACUACACGAAUCCGGAAAACCUCGCCCGACUUCUGCAGACCGCUGCGAGUGCUGUGAAGAGUUCUUCUCUAGGAGGACACACCAAGGUCGUGACUCAUCUUGCCCAUGGAUAUGAUUCGGAUCUCCAGCAUUGGUUUUACGACCUGGUCUUGGACACCGGGUAUCUGACCGUCGACGACUGGGAUGUCAUCGCCGUUUCGUUCUACCCCUUCUGGGGUGAGGGUGCCACGAUGGACGCGCUGACACAGUCUCUGACCAGUCUGGCAUCUCAGUACCAGAAGGAAGUCCAGGUUGUCGAGACUAACUGGCCGACGCAGUGCACUAACCCAGAAUAUCCAUUUCCGCAGGAUCAGCUCGAUAUUCCUCUUAGCCCGGCGGGUCAGAUUACGUAUCUCCAACGACUCGCCGAUACCCUCAAGGCUAUCCCGGCCGCUACGGGGCUCAACUACUGGGAGCCUGCGUGGAUAGAUAAUGCUGUACUGGGGUCUUCCUGUGAGAGCAACGUCAUGUUUGAUCCAAACGGCCAGGCGUAUGAUAGCGUGUCUAUCUUUGGCUCGCUUUACUAG